AUGUCAUCCCAAAGGUGUUUGAAGUUUGUACAGAGUGUCUUCGAGUCAUUCCAGGCCAACUCUGGUCUUGAACCAAGACUUCUUAAUGGUCUUCGUGUAACAGCAGCACGUCCAGGCGUCGUAAAUUUCGAGCUACCAAUUGAGAAACAUCACACAAAUCGUCUCAACAUCCUUCAUGGCGGCACCAUCGCCAGCAUGGUAGAUCUGGGUGGCUCUUUGGCCGUAGCAUCGCGUGGUCUCUUUGCUACAGGAGUAUCUACCGAUUUGAACGUGACAUAUUUAAACUCGGGUGGUAAAAUUGGAGACCUGAUUCGCGCAGAAGUCACCUGUGACAAGUUUGGCAAGACACUCGCAUACACAUCCAUCAACUUCCACAACGAAAAACAGGAGCUAGUUGCAAGAGGAAGUCACACCAAAUACGUUUCUUUCGCAUGGAAAGACCCCAACAACAUCGUCGAAGAAAUGUCGCCCAAGCCCGAGAAGAAGGAAUAGACAGUGUGCUCAUCCUUCAAACAGAAAGCACAAGACACAUAGAC